UUGCAGUACUCAGCUAUCUCCCCACUCGUCGUAUACCAUGACCAUCGAAACUCUCACCGAGACCGCGCGCCCUACUUCUUUCAUUCUCCCUGAUCUCGUCUCUCAUUGUACCUUCCCCCUCAUAUACCACCCCAACGGAGACGCCAUUGCCGCUCAGUCAGUUAAGUGGCUCGACAUCAACUGCCCGGACUUGAAUACGAAGCAGCGAGCGGCUCUCUAUGGACUUCAAGCCGGAGAACUGACAGCUUACUGCUACAAUACCUCUUCGGACGCGCGCCUGAGAGUGGUCUCUGAUUUCAUGAACUACCUCUUCCACUUGGACAACAUCAGUGACGGCAUGAUGACCAAAGAGACUGACGUUCUCGCCGAUUGCGUUAUGAAUGCGCUCUGGUUCAGCGGCUUUUACAAACCCACAGUUAGAAGCGAUCAUACUCAGCCGGAAGAAGAGAUGAACGCGGGUAAACUUGCCAGGGACUUUUGGGCGCGCUGCAUUCCCGAUGCCGCGCCUGGUGCGCAAGCCCGGUUCAAGGAGACUCUCGAGUUGUUCUUUGAGGCUGUCAACAUCCAAGCCCGCGAUCGUGAUCGAGGCGUCAUUCCUGACCUUGAGUCUUACAUCGAUGUUAGAAGGGACACGUCUGGCUGCAAGCCAUGCUGGGCGUUAAUAGAAUAUGCCCUUGGCAUCGAUCUCCCCGACGAGGUUGCAGAAAACGAAGUCAUUCAGGCGCUGAACCAGCACACGAACGAUCUUGUCACUUGGUCCAAUGACAUUUUCUCUUACAAUGUCGAGCAAUCCCGGGGAGACACCCAUAAUAUGAUUGUCAUCAUGAUGCUUUAUCAUGGAAAGACUCUCCAAGAAGCGGUCGACUACGUUGGAGAUCGUUGCCGGGAGACCAUCGACGCCUUCAUUGAAGGCAGGAAGCAUGUGCCUUCGUGGGGUCCCGAGAUUGACGACGUCGUUCAGAAGUACAUCCAAGGGCUUCAGGAUUGGAUUGUGGGUUCGCUUCACUGGAGUUUUAUGACGACUCGGUACUUUGGUGAUGCUGGAGCUGAGGUCAAGAAGACGCGAUUUGUGCAGCUUCUCCCUCUAAGGGAAUAGAGAUUUAAUCUAGGCAGGGCCUUACUUAAAGUUUUUGGGAUUCGUAAAUAUGUAUCUUGUAACUUAGACUGUG